UUUACUUAAUCGAAAAUGGCUGAAAGAGGUGGAGAACGCGGCGCAGAGCGUGGCGGUGACCGUGGUGGUUUCGGACGUGGUUUCGGCGGUGGCCGUGGUGGGCGUGAUCGUGGUCCUAGAGGCCGUGGACGACGUGGAGGACGUGCCUCGGAAGAAGAGAAAUGGGUUCCAGUGACAAAACUAGGUCGUCUAGUGAAGGAAAACAAAAUCGAGAAGCUAGAGCAGAUCUACCUACACUCUCUUCCCGUAAAAGAGUACCAAAUCAUUGAUCAAUUAGUUGGACCUUCGUUGAAAGAUGAGGUUAUGAAGAUCAUGCCUGUCCAGAAGCAAACCAGAGCUGGUCAGAGGACUCGGUUCAAGGCUUUUGUGGUGGUUGGAGAUGGAAAUGGACAUGUUGGAUUGGGUGUCAAGUGUUCUAAGGAGGUUGCUACUGCCAUUAGAGGAGCUAUUAUUCUGGCGAAGCUUUCGGUGGUUCCGGUGAGGAGAGGUUACUGGGGGAAUAAGAUUGGGAAGCCACACACUGUGCCUUGUAAGGUUACUGGUAAAUGUGGUUCUGUUACUGUGAGGAUGGUUCCUGCUCCCAGAGGUGCUGGUAUUGUCGCUGCUAGGGUUCCUAAGAAGGUUCUUCAGUUUGCUGGUAUUGAUGAUGUCUUCACUUCUUCCAGAGGAUCUACCAAAACCCUUGGAAACUUUGUCAAGGCUACAUUCGAUUGUCUUCAGAAGACAUAUGGGUUCCUUACACCAGAGUUCUGGAAAGAGACAAGAUUUUCGAAAUCACCUUACCAAGAUUACACUGAUUUCCUGUCAUCAAAGGCUCUUCCCGCAACUAAGGUUAUCACCGAAGCUGAAGACCAAGCUUAAGAACUUCAAUACACGAGUAUGGUUUUAUAGGUUUUGGUUGUCGCAAAUAUCUUUUUCCUAUCCUUUGAAGACAGUCUUGUUUCUUCUUUGUCUAUCCGUUUUUUUGGUAUUGGAGCUUUAAUUAUAAGGAUAGUUAUAUUUAGUUGUGUUUGGAAUUUUGAUAGAUGUUUUGCGUCUAUGAAAUGGCAGUUUCGAAUAUGCAG